ACAAACACACACACACACAUAACACAGACAGCCUUUAUAGAGCCUUUUAGGUGCUUCAAACAACGCACCAAAGCACCCUAACCAUUCGAUUUUGUGUUGAAAAUGGGCAGGCAACCAUGCUGCGACAAACUUGGCGUUAAAAAAGGGCCUUGGACCGCCGAGGAAGACAAGAAGCUCAUCAACUUUAUACUCACUAAUGGGCAGUGCUGUUGGCGGGCUGUCCCUAAGCUUGCUGGCCUCCGCCGCUGCGGCAAAAGCUGCCGUCUUCGUUGGACCAAUUACCUCCGCCCUGACCUUAAGCGAGGCCUUCUCACUGAAGCUGAAGAACAAUUGGUGAUUGAUCUUCAUGCUCGCCUUGGAAACAGAUGGUCGAAGAUAGCGGCCAGAUUACCGGGAAGAACCGACAAUGAAAUAAAGAAUCAUUGGAACACUCACAUAAAGAAGAAGUUGAUUAAGAUGGGAAUCGAUCCAAUUACGCACGAACCGAUCCAAAAACAGCCAGAGGAUCCGAAAGGCCAGACAGAAAAUUCCACCGGAAACCACCAUUGCACGGCGGAGAACGACAGCAGCUUGGAGAACAGCAGCUCGAUCACCACGGACAGCGGUUUCUGGAUUGAUGAGGAAACACUUUGGAACAAUAGCCCACCAACGAGUGCAAAAGAAGGCAAGUUUGUGUGGGAAGAGAGCUGUUCAUGGCUUCUUGAUUGUGAGGAUUUUGGUAUCCAUGAUUUUGGGUUUGACAAUUUUAAUGAUUUUGAAUUCAUGAACACAACAGAAAUGGAAGGAAAAAACUAGAAAAUGUAAUUAAUAUGCACAUGUUACAAAGUAGCAUGUACAUGAACUUUGGGGGAUAAAAAAAAAGAUGUCUUUUAUUUAUUGUUAGGGUAAUUUAUUAAAGUGACAGAAAAACAUGAGACAUUAACAUGUUAUAAUGUUUUUGUUUUGGUUUAUGUAAAGUGUCUAGAGAGGAGAGCAUGCAUGUUGCUAUUUAUGUAUAUUUGUCUGUGUAUUUAUUCUUGUAAUAAUAAAGUGAGAGAAACAGAAG